GUCUCAACUUAGAAGAAUAAAACGCGUUAAUAGCAACCGCUUGACUUCCUCAUGAAUUGGUCCUUGAAAAUCGAGAUAAAUGCAGGAUAAAGACGUCAAAUUUGAAGCACCAACGCUCAACUCUUCGUCAACAAUGAUCCGCAAAAUUUCCCAACUCUUUCUUCAUCAAGUUUGCCUCUCCACCAUUUUCCUCACUGUCAGUCUACAAACAGACACCAUCAAUUCCUCGAGCUCAGGCAUCCUCAAAGACGGAGACAGCAUAGUCUCCCGCAGCAACAAGUUCAAGCUCAGCUUCUUCAGCCCCCCCAACUCCACCCACCGCUACCUCGGCAUCUCCUACACCUUGCCGCAACAAACCGUUAUUUGGGUCGCCAACAGAGACACACCCCUCAAUAAUUCCUCCGGCGCCGCCUCUCUCUCCCAACACGGCAAUCUCGUGAUCACAGACACCACCACCAAUCAAACCAUCUGGUCCUCAAACGCCGCCGUUUCAUCGCCCACCAACACCACCCUCCAAAUCACCGACACCGGAAAUCUCAUUCUUACAAACACCUCAACCGGAGUUAAAAUAUGGGAGUCUUUCCUACACCCUUCCGACGUUUUCGUCCCGACCAUGAGCACCAGCGACAACAUUUACACGGGGAGGAAGGUGAUCCUGUCGGCGUGGGAGAACGACACAGACCCACGCCGCGGGAGGUUCACCGCAGGGCUCGACGCGUCCCACCUCCCGCAGAAUUUCAUCUGGAGGGAGGACGGCCGGCCUCAGUGGCGGAGCGGGCCCUGGAACGGGCUGAUCUUCAUCGGGAUACAGUCGUCCUAUUUCUCGUUUCUCGACGGAUUUGUUGAUGUGACCAAUGACAGCGCGGGGAACUUCUACUACACCAUGCCGCAGUGGAAGAUCGUCAACAGAGUGACUCUCAACUCAUCGGGGAGUUUAGUCGAGACGAUGUGGGAUUUCAAGAACGAGACGUGGCGUUUCCUGUGGGCGGCGCCUGAGAAUGAAUGCGAUGUUUACGGGACGUGUGGGCCGUUCGGGAGCUGCAACAUCGAGGAUUCUCCUAUGUGUUCUUGUGUUGAAGGGUUUGAGCCCGCGAGCGGGGAGGAGUGGGCGAGAGGGAACUGGAGCAGCGGAUGCAGGAGGAGGAGGAAGCUCGACUGUGGUGGCGGAGAUGGAUUUUUUCGGAUGCAGUUUGUGAAGGUUCCGGAUUUGGCUCAACAUUUUUAUUCUGAAAGAAUCGAUGAGUGUAGGAGGAGUUGUUUGGGGAACUGUUCUUGCAUAGCUUACGCUCAUGACUCGAACAUCGGUUGUAUGUUUUGGAGCGACGCGUUGGUUGAUGUUCAGAAGUUCAAAGGAGUUGGCGUCGAUCUUUACAUUCGUCUCUCUGCUUCAGAAUUAGGUAACCACACAGAGAAAUGGUUGUUUGUUGUAGUUCCAGUGGUUGGGUGUGUUGUAGUGGCAGUUUCCAUCUUCAUAGCAUGGUACAUGUUGGUGAAGAGAAAAGGGGACAAGAUACAAGACAGAAGUGUUGUGGCAGCAGAGCAUACCCUUUCACCUGAAAUUUCAAGCAUAGAUGCCUCAGUAGGCAAGGUUGAUAUGGGAGAGUUGCCAUUGUUCACCUUUGAGAUUAUUGCAAAUGCAACCAGACAUUUCCAUGUCACCAAUCUUAUUGGGAGGGGUGGUUUUGGUCAUGUCUACAAGGGAAUUCUCUCAAACGGGCAACAAAUCGCGGUGAAGAGGUUAUCAGUGGAUUCGGGACAAGGAAUGCAAGAAUUUACGAGUGAAGUGAUUGUGAUCUCCAAACUCCAGCAUCGGAAUCUAGUGAGAUUACUUGGAGGCUGUGUGGAGAAGCAAGAGAAGAUUCUGAUAUACGAAUACAUGCCAAAUAAAAGCUUGGAUGUGUGCCUCUUUGACCCCACUAGUCCAACGAAAAAUUUCUUGGAUUGGAGGAGGCGUUUCAGCAUCAUCAACGGCAUUGGCCGGGGCCUUCUGUAUCUUCACAAGGACUCUAGAUUCAGAAUAAUUCACCGGGACCUCAAGCCGAGUAAUGUACUGCUGGACCAAGAAUGGAACCCAAAGAUAUCCGAUUUUGGCAUGGCGAGAAUAUUUGGUGGCAAUCAAGAUCACCACGAUACUGCUCGAGUCGUAGGAACAUACGGAUACAUGGCGCCUGAAUACGCAUUGGAAGGCCGAUUUUCUGAGAAAUCCGACGUUUACAGCUUUGGCGUGCUUAUGCUCGAGAUAGCAUGGAAAAUGUGGAGAGAAGACAAUGGUUUGGGUUUUGUGGAUGAAAGCAUGGAAAGUUCAGGGCUGGAGAAAGAGAUUGUUAGGUGCAUUCAAAUAGGCCUGUUGUGUGUUCAAGAAUAUCCUCAAGAAAGGCCUUCCGUUGACACGGUCGUGUCGAUGCUAAGCCGGGAAAUAGUUGAGCUCUCGACGCCCAAACAGCCAAUAUUUUCCCAGAAACACAGUGCCUUCACCACACAACUUGGGUGUUCUACUACUACUAAUGACCUCACUGUGACUGAGCUUGACGGUCGUAUAAGCAUACAAAAAAAAGGUCAUCUAAUUCUAAGCUGCUGCUUGCCGCCAAAGAUGACACGGCCACCUCCAAACUCUCUUCUUCUCGCGGCGGUGCUCUGGUGCUUCUUCCCGAGAUUCUCCACCGCACAAGGCAGCGGUCCUUGCCAAAUCUCCGACAAGUGCGGCCAAUUCGGAGUGUGCGACUCACGAGAUUCCCCAAUUUGCAGCUGCCUCCCCGGAUUCCUCCCGCGGAUUAACCAGCAAUGGAAUUCCGGCAACUGGAGCGGCGGCUGCAGCAGGAGGCGCUCCUUGAACUGCAACGCCACAGCAAGCGAAAAAGACGGCUUCUUGAAGCUGCAGAUAGUGAUGCUGUACGGCUACUCGGAGCGCUGGUCCGGCCCCCAAUCUCAGUGCGAAACUCGAUGCUUGAACAACUGCUCCUGCCUCGCCUACGCCUCCGACGGUGCUGAUGGUUGCCGAUUCUGGACGGGGCCAUUAACCAACAUCCAGAAGUUUCCCAGUGGCUCCGGCUCGAUUAUCUUCGUUCGCGUCUCCAAUUCUGAAUUGGAUGUGAAGAAAUCGUCUAACAAGAUCAUUGUAGCUCUUGCUGUUGUUGCUCUUGUUGUCAUAUCCGUUGGAGCAUUUUUGUGUUGGAGAUUGAUUGCUAAACACAGAGGCAAGAAGGAAACCAUUGAGCUUGGAAAUGUAGUUGAUCAGUCUCUUCCAGAUGGAUUGAAUCAAGCCUAUAUUGAUGAGUUGCCAUUGUUUACAUUAGCAAUGCUUACAACUGCAACCAGUGGCUUCUCUGAAGAUAACAAGCUUGGGAAGGGUGGUUUCGGCCCUGUCUACAAGGGAGAAUUGGGGGAUGGGAGAGAGAUUGCGGUUAAGAGGCUUUCGCAGGCAUCUACGCAAGGGAUGCAAGAGUUUAUCAAUGAAGUUGUGCUGAUUUCUAAACUGCAACACAAGAAUCUUGUUAGACUACUUGGUUGUUGUGUGGAGAGUAAAGAGACUAUGCUGGUUUAUGAAUGUAUGCCUAACAAAAGCUUGGAUUAUCACCUAUUCGAACCAAGCAUACAAAAGUUGUUGGAUUGGAAUAUUCGUUACAGCAUUAUCGAGGGCAUCGGGAGAGGCAUCCUGUAUCUUCACAGAGACUCGAGACUAAGGAUCAUUCACAGAGACCUGAAACCAAGUAAUGUCCUGCUAGAUCAAGACUGGAAUCCCAAAAUCUCGGAUUUUGGCAUUGCAAGAAUAUUCAGAGGCAACGAAGACCAUGGCAAUACUGCAAGAGUCAUGGGAACAUACGGAUACAUGGCGCCAGAAUACGGAAUGGAAGGGAGAUUUUCAGAAAAAUCUGAUGUAUACAGCUUCGGAGUGCUGAUAUUGGAGAUUAUAAAAGGAAAAAAGAACACACACUAUUUCAAUGAUGAAUGGUCCUUGAGCCUUAUUGGAUGUGCUUGGAAAAUGUGGAGUGAGGGUAAUGGUUUGAGUUUCGUGGAGGAAAGCAUCGCAAGUAAGGAGACGGAGGAAGAGAUGGUUCGAUGCAUUCAGAUAGGGCUGCUUUGUGUCCAAGAACAUCCCAUGGAUAGACCUUCCAUUGAAAUGGUGCUGUCGAUGCUGAAUCAUGAUAUCAUGGAGGUGGCAGCGCCAAAGCAGCCAGUGUUUGCGGAAAAUGGAUCAACAGACCAGAAUGUUUACACAAGCUACGAGCUCACUCAUAGUGUGCUUGAUGGACGAUGA